AUGGUGUCUUUUAAAGAACAUCUCAAAGCCAAGCUCCGGGGGAAGGACGCUCCAACGGCUCCGCGAGCUAGAGCCUCUCCCACCGCCGUUACCCCACCCGCACAGGCCGCUCCCGGUUCUGCCGCAUCUCCGCCUAGCAUACCGGAGCGACUGUGGAACCGAGCAUACGAGCAUGCAAAAGCGAACGACUCGAGCACUGUCGAUGCCUAUGAGAAGAUCCUGUCCGUCAGGCUGGUAGAGUACAAUGCAGACGUACCAGACGCUCCACGCCCUGCGGACCUCGCGUCGCAGCAAAACGAGAUCGCACAGAACGCGGACAAACGGCGGAUGCAAAUGCUGCAGCUCGUCCAGCAUGGGUUGCGCAAGACAGAAAAGGAUGCACAGGUCAAGCAAGGGGUAGGAGACAGCAUCCAGGCCGCUAUGGCCGUCAAAGAAGUUGUGGACAAGGCGAUCCAGGCGUCGCCUGAGGCCGCUGUCGCCUGGGUCGGCGUGUGUUUUGCGCUUGAGAUCCUGAUGAACCCGCUCACCCAGGCGAGCUCUAACCGCCAGGGUAUUGCCUACGUUGUAUCGAGGAUGGACUGGUACUGGCACCUGUCGAGCCUGCUGCUGGACGAGAACAUGACCGAAGCGCGCUCGAAGGGACCAAGAGGCCAGCUCGAGGAGGUGGUCACUCAGCUGUACGCGAAGCUGCUGCUGUACCAGAUGAAGAGCGUGUGCUACUACCACCGCAGCCGGUUUGCGACGUUCAUGCGAGACCUCGUCAAGCUUGAGAACUGGGACGGCGAGCUGAGCGACAUACAAGCGGCAGAGAGGGCGGUGCAGGAAGAUUCGAUGCAGUACAACACGGCUUCGAUUAAAGCUCGGCUAGAUGCGAUCGCUGAGACGGCCAAGUCGCAGAACGCCAAACUGGACAGCAUCAGCUCCGCGAUCCGAGAGCAAACACGGCAGCAGGAAAGGAUGCACGAGACAAGCAUGAGCGACGGCUGGAGUGCGUGCCUGCAGACGUUCGAGGGCCAUAGCAGCGGGGUCAAGUCAGUGGCCUUCUCGCACGACUCGACCAAGCUGGCGUCAGCGUCUUGGGACAGCGCCGUCAAGCUGUGGGAUGUGAGCAGCGGCGAUUGUCUGCAGACGUUUACGGGCCAUAGCGAUGCUGUCAGCUCUGUAGCCUUCUCGCACGACUCGACGCGGCUAGCGUCGGCGUCCUACGACAGGACUGUCAAGAUCUGGGAUGCGAGCAGCGGCGCAUGUCUGCAGACGCUCGAGGGCCAUAGCGAGUCUGUUACCUCCGUGGCCUUCUCGCACGACUCAACGCGGCUGGCGUCGGGGUCACACGACAGCACCGUCAAGGUGUGGGAUGCGAGCAGCGGCGCGUGUCUGCAGACGCUCGAGGGUCAUAGCGAUUCUGUCACAUCUGUGGCCUUCUCGCACGAUUCGACGCGGCUGGCAUCGGCGUCUGACGACAAGACUGUCAAGACCUGGGAUGCGAGUAGCGGCGCGUGUCUACAGACGCUCGAGGGCCAUAGCAUCGGGGUCAUCUCAGUAGCCUUCUCGCACGACUCAACGCGGCUGGCGUCGGCGUCCUACGACAGCACCGUCAAGGUGUGGGAUGCGAGUAGCGGCGCGUGUCUGCAGACGCUCGAGGGCCAUAGCAUCGGGGUCAGCUCGGUGGCCUUCUCGCACGACUCAACGCGGCUGGCGUCGGCGUCCUACGACAGCACCGUCAAGGUGUGGGAUGCAAGCAGCGGCGCGUGCCUGCAGACGCUCGAGGGCCAUAGCGGUUCUGUUCACUCAAUAGCCUUCUCGCACGACUCAACGCGGCUGGCGUCGGCGUCCUGGGAUAGUACCAUCAGGAUCUGGGAUGCGAGCAGCGGCGCGUGUCUGCAGAUGCUCGAGGACCAUAGCCAUCUUGUCAGCUCAGUAGCCUUCUCGCACGACUCGACGCGGCUGGCGUCGGGGUCACACGACAGCACUGUCAAGGUGUGGGAUGCGAGUAGCGGCGCGUGUCUGCAGACGCUCGAGGGUCAUAGCGAUUCUGUCACAUCUGUGGCCUUCUCGCACGACUCGACCCAGCUAGCGUCAGCGUCUAGCGACAAGACUGUUAAGGUGUGGGAUGCGAGCAGCGGCGCGUGUCUGCAGACGCUCGAGGGCCAUAGUAGUUAUGUCAUCUCAGUAGCCUUCUCGCACGACUCAACGCGGCUGGCGUCGGCGUCCUGGGAUAGUACCAUCAGGAUCUGGGAUGCGAGCAGCGGCGCGUGUCUGCAGAUGCUCGAGGACCAUAGCCAUCUUGUCAGCUCAGUAGCCUUCUCGCACGACUCAACGCGGCUGGCGUCGGCGUCCGACGACAGGACUGUCAAGAUCUGGGAUGCGAGUAGCGGCGCGUGCCUGCAGACGCUCGACGUUGGCAGGCCUCUUUACAGCCUUUCAUUUGAUGCUACUAGCUCAUGUCUACUUACGGAAAUCGGGUCUAUCAACGUUAGUAUAUUAAUAGGUUUUAGUGCAAAGAAUGAUACGGUACUUCAACGUCCCCAGUACGUGGGCGCGGGCGUUAGUCCAGACAGCACAUGGAUUACGUGUAACGGCAAGAACCUGCUCUGGAUACCACCUGAGUAUCGAACAUUACACUCGUCUGUAUGCGGGGAUACGAUUGGCAUGGGUGUUGGAUCAGGAAGAAUUUGGUUUUGUAGUAUCAACCUCUAA